UUUGAAUUUCUUUUUCUUGUUUUCUCUGAAGAAAUAAUCCCAAACUGGAAAAAAAAUAAAAAUCAGUCAAUCAAUAUCAUCUCUUUUGUUUGUCUCACACAGAAAAACAAGAAAAAGAAAAGAGUCUGAAUGAAUGAAAAAUAUUAACAAACAAACCCAAGACUCUAAUUUUGCUCUUUUCAUUUUUCUCUUUUCUUCUCUCUCUGUUUGUUAGAGAGAGAGAAAGGGAGAAUAAUCUCUGAAUCUCUUUCAAAUCUAAAAAGUACGAUUUCGAGAAUAAUCCUCCAAGUACAGAGUCUAGACUCACAGAGUAUAACUUUUUUCUUUUCUGGAAGGGGGUUUGUUUGUUUUGUUAGUCUGGUAAGGACGGGAACACCUGAGAGAAAUGAUGAACAAACACAAGAGCAUCAACGAGAAUGGAGUAUUAGGAAGAAGAGAAGAUUUCUCACCUGAUCAUCACGGUGGUGGAGGAGAUGGUGGUGGUGGUGGAGGACUAAAGAAAGGACCAUGGACGGCUGGAGAAGAUGCGAUCUUGACAGAAUAUGUUAAAAGACAUGGUGAAGGUAAUUGGAAUGCUGUUCAGAAGAAUUCAGGUUUGGCUCGGUGCGGUAAAAGCUGUCGUUUAAGAUGGGCUAAUCAUCUCAGACCUAAUCUUAAGAAAGGUUCAUUUUCUCCUGAGGAAGAACAUUUGAUUUUAGAACUUCAUUCUAAGCUUGGCAAUAAAUGGGCACGCAUGGCCGCUCAGUUACCAGGAAGAACAGAUAACGAAAUCAAGAAUUAUUGGAAUACAAGAGUGAAGCGACGACAACGAGCUGGAUUACCACUCUAUCCAGAAAACCUACAGAGACAAUCUUCUUCUUCCUUGUCAUUCCAGCUCCCUAAUCAAAACCAGUCUAAUGAUCUUAUAUUCUCAUCCUUUCAACAACAAAAACCUAGCUUCAGUACUUCCCCAUUUUCUCUUUUCAAUCCUGCUAAUACCACUAUUUCUACCCCACCUUUUGCUUUGCAGUUUCAUGAGUACAAAAGAUACCGAUCAGCUAAUAGCAAUUAUGGGUUCAGUCUCCCUUUUUCUUCCAAUGAUCAUGCACAACUUCCUUCUUCCCUGUUUAGCCAAAACCAUUCAAGUCAGUUGCAACCAUCUUCUAAUGUAGGAGGAUACCAUUUUGGCAAUUUCGAGCUUAAUCCGUCGACACAAAUUCAGCGAAAUUCUUUCGAGCCAGAUGAGUUAGGGGGUUCCAGUUCUGAUUUCUCCUUGAAACUGGAGCUCCCUUCAAUCCAAUUACCGGAUGGAGCAGUAGCUGCUGCUGCGAACUCGGGUAGUGUUGCUGAAGGUUGUAACUUAUCCUCCCAGAGCUAUCUACUGGAUGCUCUAUUGCAACAAGCUCAGACCAUGGCAAAUGCUGAUAAUGGGAAGAGAUCAGAAAAGAGAUAUGGAUUUGACCAGUUUGCGCAGGAUGCUCCAACUUCCGAAUCUGCAUUUAACAUGAAUGGUUCUAAUCCAUCAGCAAGCCAAGGUUCCUUUGGCGCUGGAAUGAAGUUGAAGGAAGAACCUAAAGAGGUGAUUAAUUCAGGUGACGACGAUUUGUCAAGUCUCUUAGAUAUCGUCCCACCACCAAUGCAUAUAGGGGAAUGGGGAUACAGUGACAAUAGUGGUGAAAUAUCCAAUGGACCAUCCUCAGGUGUUACAGAAGACGACGUUGGUGGUCUUGAUCAGAUGAACAACUAGGUACUACAUCCAUGCCAAAUACAAACUCGGAUUCGGAAUAUUGGAAUGACACUUGGAAUAACAUGCCUGGAAUUUGCUAAGAGUUUUCUCCUGUAGGGCAUUUAAUUAUCAAGUAACUGCAAGUUUUAUAAUCACUCUUUUUCCAUUUUCUUGUUGUUGUUCUUGUACUUGUUCUUGAUUUAAAGAUUAUUAGUACUUAGUAGAGAA